GCGGCGGCGGCGGCGGCGGGAGAGCGAGCGAGCCCAGCGGCCGCGGGCAGAUCCCGAGCGGACGUAGGAAGCGGCCAUGUCUCGCUACACGAGACCCCCCAACACCUCCUUGUUCGUCCGGAACGUGGCCGACGCCACCAGGCCUGAGGACUUGCGCCGUGAGUUUGGUCGAUAUGGCCCUAUAGUAGACGUUUACAUUCCACUUGACUUCUACACUCGCCGCCCAAGAGGAUUUGCUUAUGUUCAAUAUCCUUUAUUUUAUUUCAUAUUUGAAGAUGUUCGAGAUGCUGAAGAUGCUCUAUAUAACCUCAAUAGAAAGUGGGUAUGUGGCCGUCAAAUUGAAAUACAGUUUGCACAAGGUGAUCGCAAAACACCAGGCCAAAUGAAAUCAAAGGAACGUCACCCUUGUUCUCCAACUGAUCAUAGGAGAUCAAGAAGCCCCAGCCAAAGGAGAACUAGAAGUAGAAGUUCUUCAUGGGGAAGAAACAGGAGGCGGUCAGAUAGCCUUAAAGAGUCUCGACACAGGCGAUUUUCUUACAGCCAGUCUAAAUCUCGUUCCAAAUCACUACCAAGGCGCUCUACCUCAGCAAGGCAGUCAAGAACUCCAAGAAGGAAUUCUGGUUCUAGAGGACGGUCAAGGUCAAAGUCCUUACAAAAAAGGUCCAAGUCAAUAGGAAAAUCACAAUCAAGUUCACCUCAAAAGCAGACUAGCUCAGGAACAAAAUCAAGAUCGCAUGGAAGACAUUCUGACUCUAUAGCAAGAUCCCCAUGUAAAUCUCCCAAAGGGUAUACUAAUUCUGAAACUAAAGCACAAACAGCAAAACAUUCACAUUUUCGGUCACAUUCCAGAUCUCAGAGUUAUCGUCAUAAAAACAGUUGGUGAACAGCAACUGAAGCACUCACUACAUAGUCUUUAAGUUAUGAAACUUCUGAUUAUGUUAAAUAAAAAUUCUUCAAGGCUUACAAAAAUGAGUUGAUACUACUUGGGCAUGUGAAAGAAUAAAAUCGCUGUAGUUUUGGAUUAAUAAAUAUUUCUUAUCAAUUUAAGGGCUCACACCACAAAUUAUGAUGUUUAAUGUCACCAUUCUAUGGACUUUGUUCACAUUAUAGCAGGAGGGUACUUUUCCAAAUGAAUGGGUAAAAUGGAGUCAAUUUGGAAAAUUUCACUGAGUAAAUAUUGAUAGUACCUUUUAACAAAAAUAUUUUUGACUCUAAAGCAUUUUUCAUUUAAAAAGUAUUAUGCAUAUAGCAGACUUAUACUGUUUGACACAUGGUUAGCUGUGUCAUUUGUUUAAGCUUAGGCCAAUUCCUAGUUGGUAGCUGAAAUUUAUAAUCUUCCAAAAUUUCAAAAAGUAGAAUUUAUGUAAGGAAUAAGUAUUCAAAAGAUAAAUUAUCUUUGCGCUCAA